UUUGAACUGUCAAUUAGACAUUGAUAGCAAUUCUUGAAAAUUUUGUGCUUUUGGUGAAUUUAAUUUUCCUUUAUUCGAUCCUAAAAUAAAUAGCCAUGGCUGCAGUCCGUCUGGGUGGAAGUCUUAAAGAGCUAAGGAUUCACUUGUGCCAAACAAGCGCACAAUCAGCUGGCGUAAGAGAAUUUAUUCAGAAGAACUAUGUAAAUAUUAAGAAACAGAAUCCUAAUUUCCCCAUAUUGAUUCGUGAAUGCAAUGGGAUCCAACCGCGCAUUUGGGCUCGUUACGAGAAAGGAGUAGAACAAAGCAUGCCUCUAACAAAUUUGUCGGCCAGUGAUGUCUUUUCUGCACUUAAACAGCUUGUGAAGUGAUUAUGUUUUUAUUAGAAUUAUUGUUAUUAAAUAAAAAAUAGAUUAUUA